GCUCUAUAGCCUCUGUCUGCCACGUUGGUAUUGUUCUACUUCUUUGUGGCGGACAUCCGCACAUGCACCCGGUGAAGGUCGGCGUGUCACCCACGCGACCGGCGACUGUUGUGCGGUGCGCGGUGACGUUACUUCCGGUGACGGUGCGGGGAAGGUGACGCGCUGCGCCGGUCGGUGACGGCGCCGCGCGUGCGUCGGCGUCGCUGGCGGACCGUUCGGUCCACUGUGAUUCAGUCGGAGGACCCAGCGUCGCUCAGUCACCGGCCGACGACGGAGGUCUAUCGGGAGCUGCCCGCCUUCGCUAUACAGUGGUCUGCUGGAAACUGCCCAUCUGCGCUUAUACAGCUGCUCGCCUUCGCUCUACAGCGCGGCGGUCUACUGGAAACCGUGCCCAUCGGCGCUUAUACUCGGCGUCUGUGAAGAGCCGCACGUGGUCUGUCGGAAGCUGCCCAACGCAACUAUGUACAGAGAUCUUCGUCGCGCUUUGCCCGCCGGCAAUACAGGGGUCUGUCGGUAGCUGCUCAUCGGUAUAAAAGCGGUCUGUCGGAAGCUGUUCAGCAUGGCGGCCAGCGUGGCUCGGCUCGGCUGGAGAGGCGAUACCAGGGGAAGGACGGCGUCGUUCCGCGUGCUGUCUCUGGUGUACGCCAAACUGCUGGUGGUCGUGUGCAUCGCCUUCCUCAUCUCCGAGAUCGUUACCACCAACGUCCCGCUUCACUAUUACGAGGGUUUCUUCGCGUACAUGUACGGCGGCAGCAUCCUGUUCCUCAGCUAUGUGUUUGGCUACCUGCUGCAAGAGCCCUCCGGGAGGACCGGAGCCGCGGGCAGUAGGGACUGCAACACACACUUCUGGAACAAGUGGCGAAGCCGGGGCUCUCCGGUGGAAGUGAGCCUGAACAACAUCAACGGCUCUCAUGCGGAGACGCGCGGAGCCAGCGUUGCGCGUCUGCGAAAGGCCCGAACCAGCGACAACGACCACAGCCACGGUGGCUUCUUCUUGCGCGUGGGGGCCAUCGCGUUUGGCCUUGGAGCUAUGGUGUACAACGGCCUGGAGCUGGGAUCCUAUUUCGAGCUGCCGAAUGACUCGGACUGUCGGAAGAUCCUCCUGGCUGUGAACCCCUGCCUCCAGGCCACAUUUACUUUCAUGCAGAUGUACUUCAUCUUCGCCAACCCAAAGCUGAACAUCCACAAGCUGAAGCUGGUCGCCCGGUUCGGUCUGAUGCACGUGGUGGCGACAAAUGUCUGCGUGUGGGUGCGCACCCUGGUCCGUGAAAGUCUGCGCAUCUUUGUGGAGUACGCCGAGGAAGGCGAACGCCACGGGGACGAGGAUCACUCCGGCGAACGCGAAGACCACGAGGCAAUUGAAGAUUUUUCAUCAUUCGGAGUGGCGAGCGUGGCUGGCCGCCGCGGGAACCAGACGUGCGGCAGAGUAAACAUCAUGGGCUCGAUCGUCAGCGACGCCUCGCCCUACCUGUUCCCGCUCAUCAUCGAGUACUCGCUGAUCGGCGCCACGGUGCUGUUCGUCAUGUGGAGGCAUGUCGGCCGCUGUCCGCGCUACGUGUCCACGGACAGCGACGACCGGUCCAGUGCCGGCGAACGGCGACCGACGGCUGGAAAGGUGGACUGUGUGGGCGUCUCGAAGGGUCUGUUCGCCGGCCUGCUGGUGGUCGCGGCCAUCGUCAUCAGCCUGGUGCUGUUCUUCGUGCUGGUGGGACGCGACGACCACCGGCGGCUGGCGAUCCUUCUGGCCGACACCAGCCACGCAACCAUCCUCGUGCUGAUGGUGCUCGCCUGCCUGGCCGGAUUCAUCAAAUGUCGUCAGCUGAAGUUUGCCUACGACAAGCCGGACGACCUGGACACGAUUCUGCUGCGUAUCUCCGGCUUCGGCCUGUUCCUGUACUCGACCUUCUGCCUGAUCGCCGCCGCCCUGUCGCCGCAGAAGAACGUCUCCAGCGUCCUGCUGCUCAUCACCUCGCUGCUGGUUGUCAUCCAGGUGCUGGCACAGCUGGUCUUCAUCUCGGACGUCAUGAAGCGUUCUGUGUACCUGCCCGAGCACGACCGGACCAAACCUGGCCGACAGCUGGUCACGUUUCUUCUGCUCUGCAAUCUGGCACUCUGGGUUGUCUACACCAUGGAAAUCGACAAAGUGGACGCCAACCCUGUCCAGCUGCAUUUCUACGGGCCUCUGCCGUGGGCGGUGAUCCUGCGCGCCACCCUGCCACUGGCCAUCUUCCACCGCUUCCACUCCACUGUGGUGCUGGCGGAAGUGUGGAAGUCCAGCUACAGGCUCCAGUGACCCGCCUGCCUAACGCGCUCCCGCACUGCUGCUAUCAUCCGCGCGCAUUAUGUCUUUGUAGUGCUAACCCAACGUGCCACUCGCGCUGAAUGUAUUACGUGUCGUGAUUCAUGAUCUGUAUGUUGAUCUGAACGGCAUGGUCCGUGCCAUGCGCCAUAGGACCAUCAAACGGGACAAGGUGGCGCAUGGAUAACGCAUUUUACAGCGUUUUUAUAUUCUUCCUUUUACAAAUUGUGACGCAUUGCCGAAAGAAAAGUUGUUUAACCAUGGCCAUGGCCUGUCAAUUGGUUUACUGUUUUUAGUUGCCAAUAUUACAUGCGUAGUGUGCGGCGUGUGCGUGUGUUUAAUUUGUGAAUAUCCUUUGAACUCUUUGUGGUACUCUUGUAAGUUUGAUUCUACGCCACGACACUCGGCUUCUUGGGUACACAUUGGGUCAGUUGAAGUAGCCGAAAACAAACACCUGACAAUGAUUAUAAGAAACGCUAAAACAACAGUUAAGUUGCAUUUAAGUCGAGUUUAAACUAAAGUGAAAGCAUAGCAUCUUUGCCCUUCUUCUCUUCAACUGUCUUGUAGAUGCCGCACAUCUCACCAGUUAAGCACAACAGGACAAAUGUAUGCACUAUGCAGCCAAUCCAAUCGAUCUUGCUAGGUGAAUAGGACGCACAACACUUGUGCGAAGAGGCAGCAUGGUUUGCUAAGUAGUGGACUGUAAACUGAAAUGUUUUUGGUGUUAUACAGAACGGAAAAGAAACGCAGGCUAAUUCAGGUUCCUUAUAUCAGUCCACUCGACUCAUCCUGCGACUUAGAUUUCCAGAGAACGGCCAAUAAAUUCAAAGGACAAAUUGCGUGAAGAGGAAGGUGGCUCACGUAAUUGCUCCGAAUCACCGGACAAUGCCACUACAUAUAUCGACCAAAAACCCGGAUGCCAUUCAAAUGAAUGCAAACCACCAGUCGACAAUGUACGUGAUUAUUACCAUCUUUAGACAGCACCGAGUCCAAGACGAGCUAAAGGUUUGAAAAAAAAUGUCUUGGCACUAAUAUACGCAAUUAGAGAUUACUCAUCCUGUUUCGGAUCCAUGCCUCCAUGAAAGCAGCCAGAUCACCUACGCAACGGAAAGAUCGGCUCACCAAUGCGAUCUCAGCGCCCCCUUCUCCAUCACCCAUCCGUAUUCAAAGUCAUGCUGCCUAACAAAGCACCCUCUCCCCCCCCCCUCCCUGUUUCAUCAGCCGAUGCUUGAUCGAAUGUGCAACGGAUUAGACAAUAAACAAGUACGAAAAUA